UUCUCUCUCAGGAAAGGUGUUAUUUUCAAGCGGCAUCGUUUCAAGAGCUGUUGUGUUCUAGAUGUUUUCCAUGUGCUUCAUCUGUACCUUGUCACUGAUACUGAGAGCUUCCUUGCAUUCCCGGAGCGAUUGCAAGCUUUCAUGGACAUGUGCCAGAUUUCCCUUCAGGAUGAGGACGACGGAGAUGAGAACCAUUUGUUUGCCGCAAAAUUGAUGGAAUGUAUUCUUCUUCAAUGUGGAGGUCCUGCUGCUCAGAUGAUUUCUCAAGCCAUACCCACGAUGCUUAUGUUGGUACUUCGACGCCUCACACAACCGAUUGGAGAAGGCCUCACUGAAUUGAAACCUCUCCUUCUCCUUGUAGUCGUUGCUGCCUUGUACACGUCUCAUGAGAUAGCCCUACGUGCUCUAGCUGAAAUUGCACCGGAUCACCCAAAUCCUCUUGAUUACGUUUGCGAUGAGCUACUCGCUUGUUCUAAGGACAUCAAAGGUGUCCACAACAGGAAAAUGGCAUUGUUUGGAAUUUGUGCCUUCUUCAACCUACCCAGGGAAUCAAGGCCGAGUACAAUCAACACAAAUCCUCAAAAGGUGAUUGACGUUGCCAUUUCACUUUUCGACAAUCUUCAACGAACUUUGAAGGCUCAAGCUGAGAAUCGAAACGAGGACGACUCUGAUUCAGAUUCAGAUGAGGAAAGCGAUGAUGAUGUGGAUACUACAAAAAAGAAGAAAAGCCUAAACCGCCGAAAGCUUCCGGAGCACCUAUCAGACGACGAUGAUGAAAUCGACGAGCUGACCUUUGACUACAUCGAUGCCAUGUCGAAGGACAUCAAGACCUUUACUGGUGGUAACUUUGAUGAGGAUGGCAGUGGCGAGAGCGGAGAUGGAACGUCACUUUGCGAAGAAACGGAUACUGAGCAAUUCAAGAUUGCCUUUGAUGAAGAUACGGCUCCAGAUGUGUUCGUAUACUUUAAAAACACCAUGGAAAAAUUCGAGCAGGCUGAGCCGGAAAUCUUCCAAAACAUGGUUCAUAACUUGACUCCUCAGCAGUCUACUGCUCUUAAAGAGCUCAUUACCGUAUGU